AUGUCGCCUUUCAGUGUUUAUUUCUGUCUUCAACCUUCGGAAAAUCAAAAAUUCACAAAUUUCUGCAAUAAAUUUGACAUAACCCCUUGUUCCUUCCAAAAUCUAUUAUUAUCUCGUUCCCCUAGAUCAAUUCCACGAUAUAGUCCUCUGCAGGAACAAAUCUACCUACACCAACGUUCUUUUCCAAUCUCAAUGCGCCUCUACCUCAACGAAUAUCCUCGUACGUUCGUAGUCACAGAGUCCUCAUAUGCGCUUAUUAUUCGUCACCCUAAUCCCCAUUACACGGUCGCGGAGUCGUCAAAAAGGCAUCAUGAUAGAUCCAAAGUCAAGGAUGGCCGCAAACUGCGCACAGCUACGGAAACAGAAAAUAAAGUCAUUGUAGAAUUCCUCAAGACAGAUAUGCUCAACUUAUCUGCGUUCAUUGAUAUCACUCCGAGCCAGAUGCGGCAUCAGAAGGAAUUACAGGGGUUUUUGGGGUUUUUGAACCUCAAAGGGCAUAUUCACUUGGGUUUUAUCACUCGGUCUCGUCCAGUCGCAGCGCCACAAGCGGAUGAGAGGAUUCAUAUAAUCGAAGAUGUGGACUUUUACUGCUUGAAUAGUGAUAUCUUCGAUAGUUGGAUCAACAAAAACGAACCCGAGCUGGACUCUGGUAUUACCACUGAUGAUGCUGCUUCUACGCCUGGUGCUGAACUGCUGGGAAAUACUUAUCCUGCUGGUUCGGUAAAGCGCUUAUUGCUGCAUGGGAGCUUUUAUUUCUCUCGGGAUUUUGAUGUCACUUGCACCCUACAAGAUAGAGGUAUAGCUGCACAAUCACAGUAUACCGAUGUAGACCACCCGUACUUCCAGCGUUUUGCAUGGAAUCAUUUUAUGUCUCUGGAACUUGCAGAGUUUCGUGCGGCGCUCAACACCACAGAAAAGCAUAAGUUUGAUGAGAUAGGUUUCCUCACGGUCAUUACUCGCGGGUACACGAAAACCGUUCGUACGACUCUUUUGGGAGACGAUUCUGUUACCAUGACCCUCAUAGCAAAGCAGUCUUGUCUGAGACAAGGUGCGCUUUUCGGUGAAGGCGGCUCUGAUGAAAACGGAGAAGUUCCGAAUUAUGUUGAAACUGAGAUGAUUGUCUCGUCAAAAAGUUUCAGUUUUUCUUAUGUUGUUGUGCGCGGUAACGUUCCUGGAUUUUGGGAAAUGCAUGCCAACUUUACCAAGAAAAGUAUUGUAUCCACAAAGUUAAGCAAAACCAUCAAGUUCCCGCGCUCCUACGAGGCAUCUCACCAUGCUCUUAUUCGUCAUCUCGACACAUUAGGUCGUCAUUUUGGUGACAUUCAUGUGGUAAGUUGUCUCCCAGAAGAUGAAAAGACAUACAAGGGAAAACUCAACGCUGAAUUUACCUCGCAUCUCGAUCAGUUCAUUAAAACUCGAGAAACUUCCGAGCUCGAUCUCAGAACAGAAGAUGCUGUGACAUCCAAUAAGGCUGUCAAUAAUAACUACAGGGUCUCAUAUUCACAUGUUCCACUCUCUAGCUCUUUCGUUAAGAAGGUAGGAUACUCUACGUCAAAUCCAGGAGAGAUUGUCAAUCCCCUUGGUAAGCAAAUGGUUGAAUUUGGUGCUAUGUUUUUUGAUUUCCAGAGAAACACGUACAUCGGCAAACAGCUCGGCGUUUUCAGAGUCAAUUCUUUCGACAGCUCCAGCAAGGCCAACUUCAUAUCAAAAGUCAUCAGUCAAGAAGUCAUCACUUUAGCUUUCAGGGAUAUGGGAUAUACCACCUCGAGUGAUCUCUACAAACAACAUGCGAUCCUUUGGGAAAGAAAUGAGGCUGCGAUGAAGAAACUCACUACAAUUCAUCAUCUGACAGACUUGAAGGCUGCGCCCAAGAGCUCAAUCAAGCUGCGAUUCACCAACAAGUACUUCAAUGUCAUGAGAGAUCCUUCAGCUACAGAAUCAGCUAUUCAGAAAUUGUUGGGAAGGCUUCAAAACCAAAUCGCAGUCAAAAUUUACAAUCCUUUGCACCGUCAUAUCAGUAUUGAGCUAGAUAAACGGUCGAAUGAAUUCAAAUUCCAACGUGACAUUCGUAUCUAUGCUGCUACAUUCAAUGUGAAUGGCACCGUGGGGUCAGAGGAGCAGCUAGAUGAGCUUUUGUAUCCUUCAAAAUAUGAGAAUAGUCAAAACUACGACCUCGUCUUCAUUGGAUUGCAAGAGGUCAUUGAACUCACCCCAGGAAAGAUGAUGAACGUAAAGUCUGACAAUUUCAUAGCUUGGGAGAAAACGGUCAAGAAGUUGUUAGAGUCUCAUGGAGAGAAGCAUGAAAAAUACGUCUCAUUCUGGGGCUGUCAAAUGGGUGGCCUUGCCAUGUUGGUUUUCGUGAACGAGAGCCAAGUUGAAUACAUCUCAAACACAGAGGGUGUUUUGAAAAAGACAGGUCUUGGAGGAAUGAGUGCUAACAAAGGUGCAAUUGCAGUAAGCUUCAACUACUCUAAAACCCUGUUGUGUUUUAUUUGCUCACAUUUAGCUGCUGGUCAGGGAAAUGUGGAUGAACGACACCAAAACUAUAAGAGCAUUGCGAAAAUCAAAUUUUCAAAGAACAAAAAGAUCCGUCAGCAUGAUGCUGUGAUUUGGCUCGGGGAUUUUAACUUUCGCAUUGAUAUGAGCAAUGAUAGAGUGAAGUCUUUCAUCGAGCAAGGAGACUACCAACGUCUUAUCGAACACGACCAGUUGAGCAAGCAAAUGGCCAGUGGUGAGACAUUUCCUUUUUUCGACGAAAAGGAAAUCACGUUCGCGCCCACGUACAAGUUUGACAAUAAUACGAAGACAUAUGACACUUCCGAGAAGCAAAGAACGCCCGCAUGGACAGAUCGCAUUUUAAGUUUAUCGCGACAAAACACUUUGAAGCAAGAAAUUUAUGAUAGUGACCAUGAGAUCUUGUUUUCAGACCAUCGGCCAGUGUAUUCGGUGUUUAAUGCCUCUGUCAGUGUCGUUAAUGAAAAGGCUAAGAAGGAGAUUAUCCAGGGUAUCUAUGAAAACUACACAAAAGCUACUGAUGAUAUCAAUGAUCUAUUGAAUGCGCCAGAUGUGAGUCGUUUUGUUUACGACAUGGGAACUGACCACAAACAGGCGCCGAGCUCCGAUACCUAUAAAUGGUGGCUCGAGGCCGGAAAACUGGCCAAAGUCACAAUUCCUGAGCUCCAAAGCCAGGUUCCAACUGACCCGGAAGCAUAUCUUAUCAAUCCAGAACUUCCGGUGAACCCAUUUCACGAGAGCUACGUUCCCGAGUUUAUCAAGAGAAACGAACUUCUACAGAUGCUUGAAGCUCUGGAAUCAUAG